GCGCUCAAAAGCAUCAGGAGAUAUUCGAGCUUCCGCCGCCGCAUCCCUCGACCAUUUGGCCUUAGCAGACCCCCUACCUUUUUAGCCGUCGAACAUCAGCCAGCUCACCAUCAUGCCGACGCCCGAGUCCGAGCUCUUCAAGAGCCAGAAGCCCACGGUUCCCCCCACAUUCAACGGCGUGGACUUUGACGACACCAAGGCGUUCAAGGCGGCCGAGGAUGCCAUUAUUCGGGAACAAUGGGUUGGCGCCAUGAUGACCCGUCUCGUCCAAGAGGAAUUGGGCAAGUGCUACGUCCGCGAGGGCGUCAACCACCUGGAGAAGUGCGGCCACUUGAGAGAAAAAUAUCUGCAACUGCUCUCCACGAACAAGGUCAAGGGCACCAAGUUUAUUCAGCAAAACUAUCUGGAGAAGAAGGACCAGGAGUUUGAUUUGGAGCGCAAGGUGCACACGAGCGACAAGAUUGCCAAGCUGAACCAGGGACGAUUCUCAUGAGUUUAAACGAAGCUAUAUCUCUUAAAAAAAACAUAUGUCAUAUUUACACAAUUUUUUGUUUGAGCUGUCAGAUGGCCGAAUUGACCGGCUGAGGCCUUGUCUGGGAUGGAGCAGAGAGUAUGGAUGGUUUAGAGGACUAGAGCCAUGCAUGGUAUUGAGCGCAACGGGUGGAAUGCUCUGCCAGUGUACAUAUCGGGAAGCAACGGAAUCACGUUAAAAUGUAAAAGAAAUCAAG